CGUUUGUUUUACUCAUUUCGAGAGUUUCAUUCAUAUUCUACUACUUUGUCGUGCUUUAGCGUACAGUGUUGUGCCUCGUCUAGACAGAUGUCCAGUAAGAAGUGGUUGCUGGUUUGUGUCCUGGUUCCAGGAACUGCUUUACUACUACUGUAUCUCUAUUAUAACCCUAUGACAAAAGGAGAAAAACAGAAAGAACCACAAAGGUACCCUCUUCCAAAAAAACAAAGCACAAACACACAAAGUGAGGAUCCUGUACAAGAAGAACCAGGGUUGUACCAUGUGGCUUAUCCCCGAAAAUACAAAUUCAUCAUUGACCAGCCAAAAAUAUGUGAAGAGCAAAAGCCCUUCUUGGUGGUUAUAGUCCCAGUGCCUCCUGGGGACGCUGAGGCACGCAAUGGCAUUAGGAGGACGUGGGGUAGAGAUAAGGUUGUUGGGAACAAAGUGGUGGUGGUGCUGUUUAUUUUGGGCUUACACGGUGGAAACGAUGAAGAAACAAUGCAGGAGCAACUCCGCAAUGAGAGCCAGCAGUACCAAGACCUUCUCCAGAGCAACUUCCUGGAUUCCUACAAGAAUCUGACCAUUAAAACCAUGAUAAUGAUGGAAUGGCUCAGCAUGAAUUGUCAACAGGCGUCAUUUGCUAUGAAAGUGGAUGCUGACGUGCUUAUAAACAUGAACAACCUAAUAAAUAUGCUUGUGAGUCUGAACCCAGUACCAACCAACUAUAUGACCGGGUUAGUGUGGUAUGCAAGCCCUGUCAUUCGAAAUCCGUUCAACAAGUUUUUCCUUCCCUACGAUGUGUACCCCAAAGACACAUAUCCUCCUUAUCCUCUAGGCAUGUGUUACAUCAUAUCUCUGGACCUGCCGCAGAAAUUUCUACAGGAAUCGAAGCACUUUAAGCCCAUAUAUAUAGAGGAUGCAUAUCUUGGCAUGUGUUUGGAGCAUUUGGGUAUCGUCCCAACCAAACCGCCAAAUAUUGAACAGUUUGUGGUGACACCACCACAGUACAAUCGCUGUUACUAUUCUGGAUUGAUAGCAAUACUUACAGCCAACUCAAAUCAAAUGACAUCUUAUUGGACAGAUAUUCAUUCAACCACCAAUCCAUGCUAAGGUGGAAACAUCCCAACUAAUAAGAUAUACCUUAAGAUUAUGUGUUUGACUAAGAAAAAAAACAAAACAAAACAUUUUACAUCGGAUUACUGGUUCACUUUAAAUUAUUACUUUUUUGUGUGUUUGUGUGUGAGCAUUUUAUUUGUUUCAGGUGAAACCGUUUGCAACAUGCAGUAUCCUGCUCAGGAGCAAAGACAAGUAUUACAUGUAAAAACAUGUAUUUUUUUUGUUUUUUCAUUAUUUAAAGUUUAAGACAUGUUAAAGAACAAUAAUUCAUUCAGAGAAAAACAACUUAAUUUAAUAAUUAAAUAAUAAUUUGCUUGUUAAUGUACUCUUGUUUUUUGCACACACUCAUGUCAUUCUAAAUUGACACACUGUUUUUAAAAUCUAGUGUGUAUGUGAUUACUAGCACGGUAGAAUCACUUUCUAAAUAGCCUGUGUUAAGUUAAAUGUGCUUCAUCUCAUGUGGGUCAUGUAAACCUACGUGGAAACUUCCACAUCAUUUUCAUAACCAGAAGUUCAUUCGCCCAGAACCGCCUCAUAAGGAUGAUGAAACUUUACAGCUUACAUACUAACCAGUUCUGCCUUUAACAAAAAUAUGGCCUGGAAAAUGUUUUAAACUUCCUGAUUUACUUCUAUGGGGUUCCAAAAGUGCCAAAAAAGAGUUGACUGCUUUGUGCUUUGUACUAUACAUUUGUCUUUGUCUACAGUCAUUGCCUACUUGUUCAGGUAAAUUAUGUUGACAUGCUUGUUGUCUGUUGACGUCGUCUUAAUCUGUCGUCCUGCCGUCUGUUUCUCUGUUGUUUUUACUGUCGUCCUGUUCUGUCACCCGUACUGUCAUCCUAUUCUGUUGUCCUUACUGUCGUCUUGUUCUGUCGUCCUUACUGUCAUCUUAUUCUGUUGUCCUUGUCCUUACUGUCAUCUUGUUCUGUCGUCCUUACUGUCAUUUCGUUCUGUCGUCCUAACUGUUGUCUUGUUCUGUCGUUCUUACUGCCGUCUUGUUCUGUCGUCCUUACUGUCGUCUUGUUCUGUCAAGAUGACAGUUGUCCUUACUGUCCUUACUGUCGUCCUUACUGUUGUCUUGUUCUGUCAUCCUUAAUGUCGUCUUAUUCUGUCGUCCUUACUGUCAUCCUUACUCUCGUUCUUGCUGUCGUCUUGUUCUGUCAAGAUGACAGUUGUCCUUACUGUCGUCUUAUUCUGUCGUCCUUACUGUCAUCUUAUUCUGUUGUCCUUACUGUCGUCCUUACUGUUGUCUUAUUCUGUUGUCCUUACUGUCGUCCUUACUGUUGUCUUGUUCUGUCAAGAUCACAGUUGUCCUUACUGUCAUCUUAUUCUGUUGUCCUUACUGUCAUCCUUACUGUCGUCUUGUUCUGUCAAGAUGACAGUUAUCCUUACUGUCCUUGCUGUCCUUACUGUCGUCUUGUUCUGUCAAGAUGACAGUUGUCCUUACUGUCAUCUUGUUCUGUCGUUCUUUCUGUCUUCUGGUUCUUCGUCCUUACCGUCGUUUGUUCUGUCAUCCUUACUGUCAUCUUAUUCUAUUAUCCUUACUGUCAUCUUGUUCUGUCAAGAUGACAGUUGUCCUUACUGUCGUCCUUACUGUCAACUUAUUCUAUUGUCCUUACUGUCGUCUUGUUCUGUUGUCCUUACUCUCGUCCUUACCGUCAUCUUAUUCUGUUGUCCCUACUGUCGUCUUGUUCCGUCAUCCUUACUGUCAUCUUGUUCUGUCAUCUUGUUCUGUCAUCCUUACUCUCGUCCUUACUGUCGUCUUUUUCUGUCGUCCUUACUGUCAUCUUAUUCUGUCGUCCUUACUGUCGUCUUGUUCUGUCAAGAUGACAGUCGUCCUUACUGUCGUCUUGUUCUGUCAUCCUGUUCUGUCAUCCUUAUUGCCAUCCUGUUUUGUCGUCCUUACUAUUAUCUUUCCUGUCAUCUUAUUCUGUUGUCCUAAUGUUGUGCUGUUCUGUCAUCUUUAAGUGCGGUAACGUUAGUUUUAGAUUUGAUAUUUGCUGCAUAUUCGACUUGGCUGCUUUAGGGACCAUCUGCAAAUUUACCUCACGGUACAAAGCAAAGUCCAAUAAUUCGUUUAAAUUCAUGUUUACAGGACUAUAGUAAAUGCCUAGUGGCAGACUGACUGAAUAUAUUUUGCCACUAUCUCGCCUGGCUUAGACAGUACUUCCAGCAUCUCCCUUAAUGUCUGUACAGUACACUGUAAUUUUUCAUAAAAUAUUUGUGUACUGUACAUACAGUAGAGGAGAUAUUGGCUGUCUUCCAUUUUUUUUUUUUUUUACAAAAAACUACAGAAAUGCAAUUUCCACCACAGUCAUUUCCACCACACUGCCCUCUGUGGUGGAGAUGACAGCAUGUGGUGGAAAUGACAUUUAUGGUUACAAAGUACAAUUGAUAUGGAUUGCGAGAGUAAUACUGUGUAUUGUGUAAUACUUUUUAUAUUACAAUAUAUUACAAUACUUCUUAUAUUUAUAUUAUGAUAUUAUUUUUAUUUCUAAAUUAUAUUACUUUUAUAUUAAUUGAUUUCAUUUUUAUCUGUUUUUAAGAUGCCACCUAAGACAACAAAAUAAAGGUCAUAGACCUAUAGGGAUAAAAUAAAAGCUGACCCUAUAACAUAUGAAGAAAGACUUAAAAGAGACCAAUGAGAACAUUUCAGUAUCAAACUCUCACAAUUAUAUAGUAUUGUGUAUUCUCAAAAUAUAUUAUGCUAUUUUACUCAAUAUGAUAUUAUUUUACUUAAACAUAUAAUGUAUGGUCACAACAGCAAUCAAUAGACUGAUCAAAAUGUUGAUUGUUAUAAUACUGGAUGUCUUAACAUAGAUUGAGAGUCUCAUGUGUAUUCUGUUGGGCAGUACUGGUGAUUUUCACUGGAUCAUAUCAGUGAACUUAAGUGAACUCAUGAA